AUGAGGGUAGCAAUCUGCCUUACGCUACUUCCUUUCACUGGUUUCCAGAGGAUUUAUUCCGCUAUCCUCUAUACGGUUAUAGUGUUUACCAUUGUUGCAGGACUCUUGAAUCUCGCUGUUGGCAUUUUCCAAUGCUUGCCCCUUUCGUAUUACUGGGACCGAUUGACAGCCCCGGGCAAAUGUCAUGAUGAUCUCGAGAUGUUGGUUGUCUACAUUAAUAGCAGUGCAGCUAUCGUGUGCGACCUUGUUAUCGGUAUUCUACCUACAAUUCUGCUGCGAGAUCUCAAGAAAGUUAGUCGCGGUACCAGGGUUGGAAUUGUUGUCCUUCUUGGACUUGGCUGGCUGUUAGUUGAUAUCCUCGGUGCUUCUACUGGAUCAUCACUGAUCAGUAAUCAUUCUAGUGCAAUUACAGCUGUCAUCGUCCGACUGCCCUGUGAGAAACUAGAUGACUCAACCGGGGUAGCAGUAUGGUCCGACGUAGAAACAGGCCUAGGAAUCACAGCUGGGAGCCUUGCAGUCAUGCGACCUGCAUUCUCAUUCCUCACUAGAUCUAAAGAAAGUGAUGCCCAUGAUAAGUUAGAAAGCUCUACGCUUCCCAGCUUCGCGCGUGAACUCGAACCCGAUUGA